AUGACGACUCACGUCACGCUAGAGGAUGCUCUGUCCAAUGUGGACUUGCUGGAGGAGCUUCCGUUACCUAAUGAACAGCCAAAUAGGGUUGAGAUUUAUGAGAAGACUGUGGAAGUCUUGGAACCAGAGGUCACAAAGCUCAUGAAGUUCAUGUAUUUUCAGCGAAAGGCUAUCGAACGAUUCUGUAGUGAGGUGAAACGCUUGUGCCAUGCAGAGAGAAGGAAAGACUUUGUUUCAGAAGCAUAUCUGCUAACACUGGGGAAGUUUAUUAACAUGUUUGCUGUCCUGGAUGAACUGAAGAAUAUGAAAUGCAGCGUCAAAAAUGACCACUCUGCCUACAAAAGAGCAGCCCAGUUUUUGAGGAAAAUGGCUGACCCGCAGUCUAUUCAGGAAUCACAGAACCUCUCCAUGUUUCUAGCAAAUCACAAUAGAAUUACCCAGUGCCUGCAUCAACAACUAGAAGUUAUCCCUGGUUAUGAAGAACUGUUGGCCGAUAUUGUCAAUAUCUGUGUGGAUUACUAUGAAAACAAAAUGUACUUGACACCCAGUGAGAAGCACAUGCUCUUAAAGGUGAUGGGUUUUGGUCUAUAUUUGAUGGAUGGAAAUGUCAGUAAUAUUUAUAAACUAGAUGCCAAGAAGAGAAUCAACCUCAGUAAAAUUGAUAAAUUCUUCAAGCAGCUGCAGGUGGUUCCUUUAUUCGGCGAUAUGCAGAUAGAACUGGCCAGAUACAUUAAGACCAGUGCUCACUAUGAGGAGAACAAAUCCAAGUGGACAUGUACUCAGAGCAGCAUCAGUCCCCAGUAUAACAUCUGUGAGCAGAUGGUACAGAUCCGAGAUGACCACAUUCGUUUUAUCUCAGAACUUGCUCGCUACAGUAACAGUGAGGUUGUGACUGGCUCAGGGCUGGACAGCCAGAAGUCAGAUGAAGAAUACAGGGAGCUUUUUGACCUGGCAUUACGAGGAUUACAACUUUUAUCCAAGUGGAGUGCACAUGUUAUGGAAGUGUAUUCUUGGAAGCUAGUCCAUCCUACUGAUAAGUUCUGUAACAAAGACUGCCCGGGCACAGCUGAAGAGUAUGAGAGAGCCACACGGUACAAUUAUACUAGUGAAGAAAAGUUUGCAUUUGUUGAGGUGAUUGCUAUGAUAAAAGGAUUGCAAGUGCUCAUGGGCCGUAUGGAGAGUGUCUUCAACCAAGCCAUUAGGAACACUAUUUAUGCAGCACUGCAGGAUUUUGCUCAGGUGACACUGAGAGAGCCAUUAAGGCAAGCUGUCAGAAAGAAGAAGAAUGUUCUGAUCAGUGUCCUUCAGGCAAUUAGAAAGACCAUCUGUGAUUGGGAAGGAGGCCGUGAGCCUCCAAAUGACCCGUGUCUGAGAGGAGAGAAGGACCCCAAAGGUGGCUUUGACAUCAAAGUCCCACGACGAGCAGUGGGACCAUCCAGCACACAGCUUUAUAUGGUAAGAACCAUGCUGGAGUCCCUCAUUGCAGACAAGAGUGGGUCAAAGAAAACUCUCAGGAGCAGUCUGGAUGGACCAAUAGUUCUGGCCAUUGAAGAGUUCCACAAGCAAUCCUUUUUUUUUACUCAUCUUCUUAAUAUUAGUGAAGCUCUUCAACAGUGCUGUGACUUAUCGCAGCUUUGGUUCCGAGAAUUUUUUCUGGAAUUGACGAUGGGCCGUCGAAUUCAGUUUCCCAUUGAGAUGUCUAUGCCUUGGAUUCUAACAGAUCACAUCUUGGAAACCAAAGAGCCUUCCAUGAUGGAGUAUGUUCUCUAUCCACUGGACCUCUACAAUGAUAGUGCAUAUUAUGCUUUGACCAAGUUUAAGAAGCAGUUUCUCUAUGAUGAAAUUGAGGCUGAAGUGAACUUGUGUUUUGAUCAGUUUGUGUACAAACUGGCAGAUCAGAUCUUUGCUUACUAUAAAGCAAUGGCUGGCAGUGUCUUACUUGAUAAAAGGUUCCGGGCUGAAUGUAAAAAUUAUGGAGUGAUCAUCCCUUAUCCACCAUCCAACCGUUAUGAGACAUUGCUCAAACAAAGACAUGUCCAGCUUCUAGGCAGGUCGAUUGACCUUAACAGGCUCAUCACCCAGCGAAUCUCAGCUGCAAUGUACAAAUCGCUAGACCAGGCCAUUAGUCGUUUUGAGAGUGAGGACCUGACAUCCAUUGUGGAGCUUGAGUGGCUUUUGGAGAUAAAUCGCCUGACACAUAGACUGCUGUGCAAGCACAUGACCUUGGAUAGUUUUGAUGCCAUGUUCCGGGAAGCCAAUCACAAUGUCUCUGCUCCAUAUGGGCGCAUCACCCUGCAUGUCUUCUGGGAACUAAACUUUGACUUUUUACCUAAUUACUGCUACAAUGGAUCUACUAAUAGGUUUGUCCGGACGGCAAUUCCAUUUACACAAGAACCGCAGAGAGACAAACCUGCCAAUGUCCAACCAUACUACCUUUAUGGAUCUAAGCCACUCAACAUUGCAUACAGCCAUAUUUAUAGCUCCUACCGCAACUUUGUGGGGCCUCCUCAUUUCAAGACAAUCUGUCGUCUUCUUGGAUACCAAGGGAUAGCUGUCGUGAUGGAGGAAUUGCUGAAGAUUGUCAAGAGUCUGUUACAAGGGACCAUCCUUCAAUAUGUGAAAACCUUGAUAGAGGUUAUGCCGAAGAUAUGUCGACUACCAAGGCAUGAAUAUGGAUCUCCAGGAAUCCUGGAGUUUUUCCAUCACCAGCUGAAGGACAUAAUUGAAUAUGCAGAGCUAAAGACUGAUGUAUUCCAGAGUCUGAGGGAAGUGGGUAAUGCCAUUCUUUUCUGCCUUCUCAUAGAGCAGGCCUUGUCCCAGGAAGAAGUGUGUGAUUUGCUGCAUGCUGCUCCCUUCCAAAAUAUUUUGCCCAGGGUCUACAUCAAAGAAGGAGAACGCUUGGAGGUACGCAUGAAGCGUCUCGAAGCCAAAUAUGCCCCACUUCACCUGGUUCCCUUAAUAGAGAGGCUGGGAACACCUCAGCAAAUAGCCAUAGCUCGUGAAGGAGACUUGUUGACCAAGGAGCGAUUGUGCUGUGGCCUGUCCAUGUUUGAAGUUAUUCUGACACGCAUUCGGAACUACCUCCAGGAUCCCAUUUGGCGUGGCCCUCCCCCAACCAAUGGUGUCAUGCAUGUAGAUGAAUGUGUUGAGUUCCACCGGCUCUGGAGUGCCAUGCAGUUUGUCUACUGCAUUCCUGUGGGAACAAAUGAAUUCACUGCCGAGCAAUGUUUUGGUGAUGGUUUGAACUGGGCUGGCUGUUCAAUCAUAGUUCUCCUGGGACAACAGAGGCGCUUCGAUCUCUUUGACUUUUGUUACCACCUGUUAAAGGUGCAGAGACAGGAUGGGAAGGAUGAAAUUAUUAAAAAUGUGCCACUUAAGAAAAUGGCUGACAGGAUCAGGAAGUACCAGAUUCUGAACAAUGAGAUUUUUGCCAUCUUGAACAAGUACAUGAAAUCAGUGGAAACAGACAGCUCCACAGUUGAGCAUGUGCGUUGCUUUCAGCCACCCAUCCACCAGUCCUUGGCAACCACCUGUUAAGGACCCAGUGAGGGGAAAGUGAUGAUAGUAUCCUUAUCUCUGCAUAUGAAAUUGAUGAAGGAGGAGAGACUGGACCACACUGAAGAUCUGGAAGAGAAAACUGGAGGAACGCAGAUCUGGCAAUGGUGCAGAUUUCGACAUACUGAGUAUACUGCAUCUCCUUAGAAGGCCCUGUUUAAAUGCGUAUUCCUCUAUAGUAUCCUUCUGGUUGAUUUUACUCAUAGUUUGAUAAUAUGGUGAAAAGGAGCAUAAUGUGGCUUUUCCUAUGUGGUAUUUACUUUUGUGGGGGCCUAAAGCCACCCAGACAAGCACAAAACUCUGUGGUCUUUACUCAUGGGUUCCAGUUAAAACAGCCAGUGUUUCAAAGUGCUUCAAGACUUCCACUCAGUACACAAAAGGCAAAGACAAAAUUCCAGCUUGAUAUGUGCUAACAAUUUCAUGACAGGAGUGCUUAAAGACCCCACUGUAUCAACUAUAAUGGCUUAUUGGUGACAGGCCGUGAGGACUAGUUGUUUGAUCCAAACAAAGAAAAUAAUAUUUCUUAGAAAUCUAAAUGGCAUAUAGCUGUUCAUCUAGAAUUAGCAGGUAUAGUCAUUGUUUCUUCCUACCUUUCUAGAAUAAUUUAUUUGUGCAAAAUUCAGCCAUAUUAUGCUAAUCUCAAUAUCAUUCUCUUUGGAGACAUAAGAAUAAGCAGUACUAGUUCAUGUUUCAGGAAAGAAUAUGACAUUUGGUAAUUAAUCUGUGAUUUAAUUUCCAUGCUUUGGUAAUGAAAAAGAAACAACAUCUGGAAGACAUUUAACAUUACACCUGUUCUUUGUUAUAAAACCAGCAGUAGCUUAGUUUCCAUUAUUGUAUGUAGUUCUCUGCAUAAAGAGAAUUCCAGCAAAAGUUAAUUAGCUCCUUAUCAGAGAUAAGAACAUAAGAAGAACCCUGGUCCAUCAAGUCCAGGAUUCAGUCUCACACAGUGGUUAACCAGUUACUCUCAAGGGCCAACAAGUCCUUUGCCUGCUGUUGCCUCUUAGUGCAGGUAUUUAAUGGUUUGCUGCCUCUGUAUGUUACCUACACUUAAGUUUAUCAUGUUAUUGCCUCCUCACCCAGUUUAGAGAGAUCCUCCCAGGCUAUUUAUGCAUGCACCACUUACCCUUCAGCUACUUGCUUUACCAUGGGGUUUCCCCACAUUUUUUGUUUGUUUGUAGGGAUUCUUCUCCUGUGAACUGUCCCUAGCUGAGCCACUAUUCCCCACCCCCCACCCGCUUCCUUGUUCUUUCUGUGCAACCUCCACUUGCCUUUCUUUUUCAACCAUCUUUGGUCUGGCAUAGUUUUGGUCUAGCAUAGAUCAUGUCAAUUUCUUGCCAAUUUCACUGGGUCUAUCACUCCAGAAAUAGACCUUCAGUGUGGAAAAAAAAGAAAACGCAUUCUGAUCCUUCUGAAAUGGUGGCCGGAAGAGUGGGAGGAACUGCUGUGGUGUGGGUGGGGGAAGGCAGGGAGGAGGACAAAAAAAACCAACAAAGCUAAGCGCAUGUUGUUCUCCCUCACUUUUCCUGUGAAGACAGAGGAAAAACUGCACUUUCAGAACUUUCAAAAAUGUGCAUAUUCUGUGAUCUGAAGGCGUGUUGACUGCCAAGGAGGGGAUAUGUAUGUAAUCGAAAAUCACACCUGAAACUUAG